AUGUCCUCCGACGCCGAAACCUCCGCCGCCGCUCCUGCGGCCGCUGAUGCUGCUGCUGCCAGCGUGCCCAAGCCUGCCGCCGCCGGCAUGCGCAAGAACGGCAAGCAAUGGCACCAGCCGAAGAAGGCUUUCCGCCCCGGAUCUGGCCUCACCUCGUACGCGAAGCGCUCCGAGGACCGCAAAGCCCUUGCCGCCGUCAAGGCCAAAGAAAAGGAAAUGAAGGGCGAGAAGGAGGCCGAGAGACAGACACGGAUUGCUGCGAUCAAGGAGAAGCGCGAGAAGAAGGCAGAGCGCGAGAGAUACGAGCAGAUGGCCCAAAAGAUGCACGCCAAACGCGUUGACAGACUGAAGCGGAGGGAGAAGCGCAACAAGAAGCUCAACUCGUGA